AUGUGUGGACUUUUUAUCCAUCAUCUUUUAAAGUUUAUUCGAAGGAAACCCGCAACGAGAGAUGAGACUCCCGCAAUCAUCAACAAUGAACCUACCAAAGAACCUAUUACACCGGAAAAUAAAACUGCCACAUUAGAUAAUGAACCUAUCACUCCAGAAAGCGAGCUCGAUAUCUUUUCUUCUGUCGACGCGACAACAUCCGAAAGCUUUUCCACGAAAAAGUUUGACGAUGCAGUGUCAGAGCACCUUCAGGAAACCAAAUUCCAGAUCCUUUCUCCGGAAGAUCCCGAGUUCUUUUUUAUUUAUGAGAGAUUCAGGGAGUCGAUGGAUAAUAUCACUGUCGUGGUCAAAUCCAUCAUCAAACUUCAUAUGCCCUAUCAACUUUUCCAAAAUCACAUCGAUUAUCGUGACAAACUUGCUUCUGAUAAUAAUGUGAGUUCUGAAGAAGUAGUGCACACGAUGUUUCAUGGAACGAACAAUCGUUGUGAUGUAACCUUGCUGCUGGACGGGACAAGCAAGAUUUGUGAAAAUGGGUGUAGUGCUUGUGGAAUUAUUCGAUCAGGAUUUAAAACGGAAAUGUCAUCGGAUAGAAGAAUAUGGUGCGCAGCAUCCUCAGUAGUUUCCGCGGGCUACUGUAGACCCAUGACCCGGAAGAAUAAAAACCUUACAAUGUUUGUUGUGGACGCUUUGCAAAAGAAAAAAGAGGAAAUUAUUUCUGUUGAUAGAGAUGAGGCAAAUAUUUACAAUUUUUUCUUAAUUUUGUAUAUCACUGUUGUAUAUAAUAUUUCUAUUCUAACAUAG